AUGGAGGCCGCAUCAUCUUCAUCAUCACCUAUUGCAGAAGGAGAGGAGAUGAAGGUGACUUUAGUCGAGUCGGGGAAGGAGGAGGAAGUUGUUCCAACAAAGGAGUCCGUUGUGGCUGAGGAGGGGAAGGAAAAGGAGGUUGCUCCUCCAGUAGAAGAGUCGGCGUCGUCAUCGUGUCCAGAGGCGGCGAACCAGGAGGCACCGACGCCACCAUGGGAACGACUGAAGAGGAAGGGGACACCAGAAGGAGCACCUAGUCCUCGACAGCAGCAAGAGCAGCCCGUCUCGGCCCAUCCCGUGGCGCCUUGUCCCGCUUCUGAGCUGGAGCGAACGGACGUGUUUGAGAUCACCUCGGGGGUAUCGACGAAUUUGACCUUCCAUCCUUGGACGGCCGAUAACAAGCCUAAGAUCGUACCAACACACGAGCCGGCGAGGAUGCGUGAAGGCUUGUUCUGUGAGCCUACAGUAGUCGAUGAGUUGUGGCAGCAAAAGACGCGGAUGGAUCAACUAUUUGAUCGGCGUCUGGGUAGGGUCUACCAUCGAGUUCGAGGGCGCAUCUUCCCCACUACGAUUAGCGGUAGUGCUAAUGUGGGCAUCUCAAAUAGAGCUGGGGAUAAAUUGUGGGAGGUUUUGGACGCCCUCGAUGUUUGGCCCUCCCUUUUGAGGUUGGUUAGAUCGGAGGGUGGUGGUCAGGAUGGAGAAGAGGCUGAGAUGAAAAUCCGAUAUGUCGACGUGUGUGGCGGUCCUGGGGCCUUCAGCGAGCUUGUGAAAAAUCUUGGUGAACGUGAAAAUGUUAAGACGAUUGGAAAAGGGAUGAGUCUGAAAAUAGAGGCGGCUCAGUCAAAGGAGGCCAGCUGCAUAUGGUAUCAGCAUCUUCUGGACUCUGAGGAUUUCGAUGCGGUGUGGGGUCCUGAUGGAGAUGGGAAUGUGUAUUCGCCAUCGAAUUUGGCAGCAUUGGAGGGAUCAGUGAUGAAGAUGGACGGUCGAGGGGCCCAUUUGGUGAUGGGUGAUGGAGGCUUCGAGGUAUCGACCGACAAGGAUGGUAAUCAUCUCGAGAACUACCAGGAAGUGUACUCAGCAAGGAUCAUAUUGUCAGAAGUGCUCACAAUGGUGAGGAGUUGUUGUAAAGGAGGCUUCCUCGUCUGCAAGCUGUUCGACACCUUCAGCACUAUCACUGCUAGCAUCAUCUACGUCACUACGCGGCUAUUCGAAAAGUGUUACAUCGUUAAACCCCAACGAUCAAGAGUGGUGAACUCGGAGCGGUACCUUGUUGGUGUCGGCUUCAAGGGGCGAGAGAAUCCUGACUACGACUUGCUCACUGCCGCGAUGGAGUUUUGUCACUCCAGUUGUUUCACCGAUACUGAAGGGCCGGAGAGCGUCGUGCCUUUACAUCUAAUGGAAGAAGAUAGAAGAUUCCACAUAUCGUUGGCACAGUCGAUUCGAGAACUAGCUUUAAGGCAGACCCAGGCGUUAGAAAUAUUGAUGAAUGCUGUUGAUGAGGAGGUUGCAAGGGGGAAGGGAGGAAUGUGGAAAGGUGGCAAAGGAAACCUCCGGGUUGCA